UUCCUUCCUGGCGAAGAGAGCGAAUUCCCCGUCCGUACCCCCUCGUUGAUUGUUACUCUAGCAGAGGAUUUUGAAGGAUUCGCAGUUUCCAGAUAGGAUCGAUAGCUAAUUCUGACCAGAAAGAUGGCAUAUGCUGUGAGUAGAGCUGGAAAUGGGAAUGGAUUGGUUAUUCCCAAGAAUCACAAAAAACUACUCACACUGAAUGUGGACCAUUUAUAUCAUCUGGCUCUGGACACGCAGAAAGACGACCUAGAAAAAAUGUUUGGCGAUGUCCAGUUUGUCUGUUUUGGUGGGCAGCCAUCUAGAAUGGAGAAAUUUUCUGCUUUUGUUGCUAGAGAAUUGAACAUAAGCGAUCACGAGAUGGAUGGGGACACUCCCAGGAAUUAUGCCGCCGGUACAGACCGGUACUCCAUACACAAAGUUGGACCAGUUUUAUCUGUUAGCCAUGGAAUUGGAAUCCCAUCCUUGUCUGUUGUUUUUAAUGAGAUCGUCAAACUGGUUUAUUACGCCAAGUGUAAGGACGUCGAGUUCUUCAGGAUUGGUACAUGCGGAGGAGUAGGACUGGAGCCCGGGACGGUAGUUGUCACAGAAAAAGCAGUGGAUGGUGAAAUGAAUCCUUACUACAAACUGGCCGUGCUGGGUAAACCAGUGCAACGUUUGGCUAAAGUUGACCAAUCUUUGAUGGAAUCGUUGUUAGAUUGCUCGGAACCAGACGACAAUUUCAAAACUGUUAAAGGAACAACCCUUUGUGCUGAUGACUUUUAUGAAGGUCAGGCAAGGCUAGAUGGCGCCUUCUGUGAGUAUGAAGAAGAAGACAAGAUGAAAUUCUUACAAGAACUUAAGGAGAAAGGAGUUUGUAACAUUGAGAUGGAAUCACUGGGAUUUCUAGCUAUGUGCCACUACGCAGGAAUUAAGGGGGCGGUUGCGUGUGUGACGCUGCUGGACAGAUUGCAACAAGACACACUUUCUUGUGACUUGCAGAUGUUGAAGAAAUGGCAGGAAAGACCUCAGAAUAUAGUUCUACGACACAUAAAGAAAAAACAACACAUCAUGAAUGGCGAGAGUUAGAUUGUUCGUGUGUUACUGAUCUCGUCAUAGACGCUAGAAUUAGAGACUAAGAGAACGAUAGCGAUACACAUAUUACCUAUAGAAAGGUUCGAAUCUCUACUAAUUCUGGAAUCCUACAAUGAUAUCUGAAAUGUCAUUCGUUAGUUUCCAGGUUAUCCAUCUUUAGUUGUCCCAUAUUGCUGUUGAGCGGGUUUGUUACAUGGUGCUGUUCAGUGUUUUCUAUAUUGACAUGAAAUUUUGUUCAUGAAUGUUGCAUAUCAUGCUAGUGCUCAGUAUUGUAAAUUUAUUGCAUGAUAGUGAGAGAGAUAUGAAGAUUUAUUAAAUACGUAUACACCCAAGAAAAAUCAUAUUCCCAAAGGGCAAAACUCACAAACUUACAGAUUCGCGAAUUUUUCAAACCCAAACUCUGUCAAUAUUCAUCAAUGCAAGUUUUAAAAAUCCAUAUUAUGGUUGCAUAUUUAUGGUAUUUUCCCUCUAUAACUACUGUCCAACAUUUAGCACACAUAUUGGCAUGAAUGUUUAUGGAGGGAGCGCUUGAUUUGUCCACGCCGUUGCUCACUCGGUAUAGUCACAGGCACUCGGCAUUUUAAAUAUCUAUGAUAAAAAUGUCUUUUUAUAAACAAGCUAUUCACGUUUGUUUAUAGGAAGACAGUUUUUUAUUAUAGAUAUUUAAAACGUCUAGUGCCUGUGCCCAAGUCACACUCCAAAAUAUUUAUUGAUUUUUGGCGCCAAGAAUUAUCCGCUUAUAUAUACUUUACAGAUAACAAACUAUGGAGAAAAAAUCUGCAAUUGUUCGACCAUAUUGAAUUUUUUCCAACAGUUUAGGUGGUGUACACCAAAAAGUGUAUACCUUGCAUUUGAUUAUAGAAGUGUACACCUCGAGGAAGGGCUAGACAAAUCAAGUGCAUUCAUAUGAGUGCAAUACGCAUGUUUUUUUGAGAUGCGUCUGAGUUAUUUCCCUUUAAAGAGAUCUCCUAUGUACACAGUAAGACGGAUGCAUCAUCACAAACUACGACUUUUGUCUUCGUUCACACUACGUCAUAGCCGGGGUUCAAUGAUUGCGAGAACCCUUGACUAAAUCAAUAUUUAUGUUCAUAAAUCAAUUAAUCGGGGAGCUUUCACAAUUUAUUUUUUUGAAUGAAAAAAAAAAAAAAAAACACUCGGAGAUCAUUGCGUGGAAUCCGAGGAUUGCCUAUUGGGAAAAACUGACAUAAUAAGACUUACGAACAUAAGUGGCAAGAAGUGAAAUAUACAGCAUUCGUGAUUUUCAUCCGUUACUGUCAAAAUAUUGAAAAAUGUUCCCGUCCGUGCAGAGAUAAAUCUUUUCAGUUUGCGCUGAGUUAGUAUGUAAAACUUAUACGGUACCAAUUUUGAUGCACCAGAUGCGCAUUUCGACAAAUAAUGUCUCUUCAGUGAUGCUCAACCGCAAUGUUUGAAAUCCGAAAUAACUAUGAAGUUUUAGAGCUAAAUAUAGCCAAAAACAGCGUGCCAAAAAAGUGGAGCCAAAUUCGUCCAAGGAUAAGAGCUAUGCAUGAGGGAGAUAAUCCUUUAUUUUGAAAUGAAUUUCUAAAUUUUAUAACAGCAAUUAAAUAUACAUCCGUAUUUUCAAGCUAGUAACGAAGUACUUAGCUACUGGACUGUAGAGACCCUCGGAGAGACAUAGGUUUUUGCAAAAUCUUUAUUUAAUUAAAAUUUGCGCAUGAUAAAAAUAUAUCUUUCAGAGGAAUUUCAUUUACUGAAUAAAAUUAAAAAUCUGGUAAACUUUUGAUGCUAAAAUUUUCCAUAGAUAAUCAAUUAUUUAUAAUUUUUAAAAUGUUGUCAAGGGCAAUAACUCCUAUGCUGGAAUUUCCUCUACUGCAUGUCUAUGGCACAAUGAUUUCCCUAAUAUCCACAGUUAAUUUUCAUAUAUCUAUGAAUUAGCAGUUUUCUUAAACUGUUAACAUUUGAAAUUUGUCAUUUCAGCAAGUUUUCUAUUAAUUUUCAUUAUUCUGUUUAACGAAAAUCUGUGAUUUUUUGAUGUUGAUAUAUACUUCUGUUUUUGUAUGUCUGACAUCUUUAAAAAGGUGGCAACAUACACAUUUUCUUUGGUUAUUGAUUAAAUUAAACUAUA